UGUUCAUGGGUGAUAUUGUCAGCUCGGCGGUGGUGAAGGGCAAGCGAAUCUGCUACAAGGUAGACAUCACGCAAGUCUUCUAUUCCCACUGCGACAACCCAAUCCAUCCGUCCGCGGCCAACGUCCCCAGCCAGGACCAAAACAGCACGGUGAAUGUGUGCAUACUCCGAGCUGCUCCGACCUGUCAAGUCUGUCCACCUGAGCGCACGUUCAGCAUGGGCAGAACCAUGUUCUUCGGUGGCAAGACGAUCAGAAGUGGACGUUACGUCAUCGAUCUGAACGACUACCCUCUCUUCCUUCCGUACAAGGCCUCGCUGGUCAAGAAGAUACCCAAGUGGGUGAAGAAAUUCUACAAGAAGCGCUGCCCGAGCUGAGCACAAUCUGUGCAGCUCAGAACUAUCCUACAGGGCACUAAUCUUGAUCACAGCGAGCUUGCUUCACCAGAUAGUAUUAGUAGACAAAAUCAAUUCUAGUUUGGCCACACCGAAAAAUACUGCCCUACCAUUAUCGAUAACCGGAUUUAGAAUUCCUUCCUUCCUUUCAUGUAUUUCUUUGAGUUUGAGAACACCCCAUGCUGUGACCUAAGCACUGCACAAGCUUUUGCAAUUCAGGCACAUAUUGACACAUAAUUAUCAUUUUUAACUAUAAUUCUGCCAGUCCCAUGCGUGUGAACACACGACCGUAUUGAGUUGCCGUGAGUUUUGUCCACGCCGCUGGCACAUUUUCUGGCACUUACAAAGAGGGAUCUUUAUCCUGACUUUGACCAACGCAUCAUGACUUCUUGACAAAGUCUCAUUUAGAAAAGUCACUGGACAUUAUUAUUGGAGCAUUCACACUUUCCCGGUAACAAUUAUUUCAUAUCACCACACAAUUUACUGUUUUGAUUCUUUGCCGAAGAGUAGUGCAUCUUGA